GCUAUACGGACGACGACUCGUGCUGCUGCUGCUACCGUUGUUGUUGUUGUUGUUGUUUUUUCUUUGUCAGACACGUGCUACUGUGUAGCAGUCUCAUACCUGUGAUACUCUACGCUUUACUUACGCUCGUCGUGCUACAGCAGCAGCAGCAGCCAUACGUACAACAUAGAAAAAAAAAUAAAGAAGAAGAAGAAGAAGAAGCGAGUCUCUGAGAGGUCAUCGUCGAGUUUAGUUGUUUCUUUUUUAUAGUUAUUUUUUUUUUGUUCGUUCUCGUUGCGCAUCGCAGGCAGUUUUGUUUUUUUUUGGGUGUAAAUCUCUUCCUUUUUAUAUCGCUAUUUAUAUGCAUUUGAACUUGCGCGUUUCACAGUGUGUCUAUGCGCGCGUGCCUCGACGGUGUGUGUACGCUCUUUUCUCGACGAACUAUAUAUAUAUACAGACGCAGCGCCGAACAAAUACUCUGCGCUUUCGUCGCCCAAGGGGGCGAAUCAUCGAUCGUCGAGUUUACCUCUCGACCGAAAAAUAAAUCGAACUGCACACAGCAACGUUAAAACUGUGCUUUUACUCGUUGACCGAAUCGGCGUAAACGAAAAAACGCGAUUUCUUCCGUACGAGAGCGCCGUAUACGACAGGAUGAAGCUGGGCCACGAGCUGGCCGAGUCUCGCGCGCGCUGGCCCCGAUUGACGGACGACCUGCUCGCGGAGCUGCAGUCCUGGGCCGGCGGCCACGGCCUGCCCGAGGUGCCGCCGGAGCAGCUGGCCAUCUUCGCGCACAGCUGCCACUACGAGCGAGAGGCGACCCUCGCCUGCAUGGACUGCUAUUACAGGCUGCGCGCACAGGUGCCGGACUUUUUCGCCGCGAGGGACCCCACCUCGCAGGCCAGCCUGAACGCCCUCAAAGUCGUGUACUUUGCCGCUCUGCCAAAGCCGGACAAGCAGGGCAAUCGGAUAAUCUUCCACGGGCUGGCGGAUGGCGCGCCGAGCCGCUACCAGUUCGCCGACUCGGUCAAGCUGCUGCUCAUGAGCAUGGACGCGAGCCUGUACGAGGUGGGCUGCGUGCCCGGACACAUAUUUCUCUUCGACAUGCGGGGCGUGGGCAUCAGCCACCUGACGAGGCUCUCCCUGGUGGGCAUCAAGCGCUUCUUCGAGUACAUACAGGACGCGAUGCCGGUCCGGCUCAAGGCCAUACACGUGCUCAACUGCGUCUGGUUCAUCGACCGAGUGCUCGCCCUGGUCAAGCCCUUCAUGAAGAAGGAGCUCAUGGAUAUCUUGCACUUGCACACGGGAUCCGUAUCCGAGGUUUAUCGCUACAUUCCGCCCGAGUGUCUUCCAAAAGAUUUCGGCGGCGAGCUCGACGACAUUGAAACUCUUCAUCAGCAGCACUGCAGAAAGUUGGCGGAUCUGCGCGAUUACUUCCAAGAAGAGGAGCGCCUGUUCCGAUGCUUUCAAAACAACGCGAAAAAAUUACCAGUGUCCAGUUCCGACAAGGACGUCGCCGAGAGGAAGAGCGAGGCGGACGAGCGCGUCAGCUGAUUUACAUCCACGAACGCGCCGCGUCGUCAUAUAUUAUAUGCACACACACACGUUUGCUCGAAGAAAAAAACGGCUCGUCGAGAGAACAUGUGCUUUCUGUUACGCGAUUCUCGCGUUCGACGGAAAAAUUGAUUGUUCGUCUGUGACACUGUUUUUUUUUCGUCUCGCGAGUUAUUCGAUGAGACGAGAAUUUUGACGUACCCAUUUGUAUCGAGCAAAUAGAUAUUUAAAAUUCGGUAGUAGUGGGGGAAUUUCUUUCGUUAUCUGACUUUAUAAGGCCAAUUUUUCUAUUUUGUAAGUCAAGUUUUUAUACUUCGAAUUUAUGUAGUCAAGUAUCUAUUAUACCGAGUGUUACAGAGAAUAUAAUUUUUUGAAUUA